UGCCAUAUUCAUUUUUAACGCCGGAAAUCCCUCUACUUUCCUUCACCUUCUCCGUUCAAAAUCCAAAGACAGACAUUACAUCAAAAAGCCCUAACUAGUUCUACAACUAGACAUACACAGUCAAACGCACACAAAUACAAACAUAUUUCAUAUAUAUAAUAUAUUUAUAUAUAACUGUAUCCAUUGGUUUAGCUAUAGCGUUGUUUCUGAAUAUUGAUUGGAGAGAUGGGGACGGUGACGUCGACGAUGGCGGCGAAGUUCGCUUUCUUUCCGCCGAAUCCACCGUCGUACACGGUGGGCGCUGAUGAAUCCACCGGGAAAACGAAGAUCUCCGACGUGCCGGCGAGAGAAAACGUGGACGUUUUGAAGCUGGCGACCAAGAGAGGGAACGAGAUCGUGGCAGUCUACAUGAAGAAUCCGGCGGCGUCGUUGACGCUGUUGUACUCGCACGGCAACGCGGCUGAUCUAGGUCAGAUGUACGAGUUGUUCAGUGAGCUCAGUCUUCAUCUGCGAGUCAACUUGAUGGGAUAUGAUUAUUCUGGGUAUGGACAGUCAUCUGGCAAGCCAAGUGAGCAGAACACUUAUGCAGACAUAGAAGCUGCAUAUAGAUGCCUUGAAGAGACUUAUGGGGUGAAGGAGGAGAAUGUUAUAUUAUAUGGGCAAUCUGUUGGAAGUGGACCCACUUUAGAUUUGGCAUCUCGUUUAUCAAGAUUGAGGGCGGUUGUUCUUCACAGUCCGAUCCUAUCUGGGCUUCGAGUCAUGUAUCCGGUGAAGCGAACAUACUGGUUUGACAUAUAUAAGAAUAUCGACAAAAUACCGUUGGUCAAAUGUCCCGUGUUGAUAAUUCACGGAACUGCAGACGAUGUUGUAGAUUGCUCUCAUGGUAAGAAGCUUUGGGAGCUCUGUAAAGAGAAGUAUGAACCAUUAUGGGUUAAAGGAGGGAAUCAUUGUGACUUGGAGCUCUACCCAGAGUACAUUAAGCAUCUCAAGAAGUUCAUUUCAGCCAUUGAGAAAUCAGCACAUUUUCGAAAUGGAUGUGGACCAUGUUUAGAUUUGGAGAAUCCUAGACACAGCACAGAUCGUAGAGACAGAUCUAGACGAAGCACCGAUCAGAGGGAGAAGUCUAGGCCAAGUACUGACCAGAGAGACAAGCCAAGGCUAAGCACAGACCGUAGAGAGAAAUCACGAGCCAGCACUGACAGGAGAGAGAAAUUAAGGAGUGUGGAUCCUGCAGAGAAAGCAAAUAACAAUAUGGACCAGCCAGAGAAAGCGAGGAACAGCAUUGAUCGAUUUGGAGAUAUGAUGAGGUCAGCCGUAUUGUGCAACAUUGGCUGUUUCAAGCCCACAGGAGCAGGUUUAUGAGGAUGGGGAAAAAGUUCAUUUAUGAGGAUGGGGAAAAAGUGGAAAGACGGAAGGGUAGUUCUCUUUUCAGCCUGGCAGAUUUGAAGAUGAUAAAGCAAUCUAAGAUAAGUCUCAUUAAGGUGGGAUUUCUACUUUAGAAUUGGUCAUAAUGAAAUAGGUCUUCAAAUCAUUAGUUGGAACUCUAUGGCUUUCACAAACUCAACAUGUACUUCACUUCCAGCACAUUUUGAUAAUUGGUAAAAAUUAGUACCCAGGAGUUUGUACUUCUAGAUAUUCUGCUGGCUCAUCGCUUGGAUUCAGAUCUCUACUUUUACUGAUAUUGCAUAAGGUGUAGGAUUGUCUUGUUAUUCCAUCUAAUCACGUGUUUUGAACUGCUUGUUAGAUGCCGCAAGAGUGAAAUCCUUUUAUGUCUGGUAAGAAAGAAAACCAGUGGCUUUAAUUGUCAAUCAUGUUGAAAUUUUCACCCUAGUUAAUGCAUGCACUAGAUUUAAGCGGGAAAACAUGAAGUUUCCUUGUCCAUUUUGGUUUGUGAGGCGCUUAGGUGGCUAGUCGUGUUACAUUAUUUGUUCACUCUUUUCCAAUUUUUCUUGGUAAUUAGAAAAUGGAACAACCCUAUGAUCAUCCUAAAUGCGUACUAGAAAAAGUUAAAAGUACAUAGAAAAUACUGUAAUAAACAAUAAAGAAGAAAAGAUCGAUGCCUUCUGUUUUCAUGGAACUGGCUCUUUUGUUUGUUGAUGCAACAGAACUUAUGGACGGUGAUUUGUGCCAAAUAUAUAUUUGAAGUGAUCUGUAUUUCAGGGUGGCAUGAAAUUGAAUUCUAGGUUUGGUUUUUUGCUGUUGUAAAUUUUGCUGCUCCUCUCCAUUGUAAAUUUUCAGGUCUCCUUUUGGUGCCUUGUUCUCUCAGUUUCGUUGGAUGUUUCAUUUGAUCUUCGUACUUCAGUUGUGUGCGUGCGUGU